AGGCCCUUUUGCAAUAAGAGGAAAAAAACCAGAUGGAUAAAGGAAGUGCUGGUCACCCUGGAGGUGCACGGGUUUGAGGAAGGCUCCCGGCCCCCACAGCCCACUGCGGAGCCUGAGCCCGGCUCCCCCCACUCACCUCAACCUCCAGGUGGCCCCACCACAGGGCCCCUCUCUGCCUGGACGGCUCUGCUGGUCUCCCCAUCCCCUGGAGGAGAGCAAGGCCAUGGGCCGGCUCCUGCUGCUGCCCCUGCUGCUGCUGCCUGCAUUUCUGCAGCCUGGUGGCUCCGCGGGAUCCAGUCCAAACCGCCCUUAUGGGGUCACUCAACCAAAACACCUCUCAGCCCCUGUGGGUGGCUCCGUGGAAAUUCCCUUCUCCUUCUAUCACCCCUGGGAGUUAGCCACAGCUCCCAACAUGAAAAUAUCCUGGAGACGGGGCGACUUCCACGGGCAGUUCUUCUACAGAACAAGGCCAGCUUUCAUUCACAAGGAUUACUCGAACCGGCUCUUUCUGAACUGGACAGAGGGUCAGGACCGCGGGCUCCUCAGGAUCUGGAACCUGCGGAAGGAGGACCAGUCUGUGUAUUUCUGCCGAGUCGAGCUGGACACACGGAGAUCAGGGAGGCAGAAGUGGCAGUCCAUCGAGGGGACCAAACUCACCAUCACCCAGGCUGUCACGACCACCACCCGGAGGCCCAGCAGCAUGACCACCACAGCCGGCCUCAGGGUCACACAGGGCAAACGACACUCAGACUCUUGGCACCUAAGUCUGAAAACUGCCGUGGGGGUGACAGUGGCUGUCGCUGUGCUCGGAAUCAUGAUUUUGGGACUGAUCUGCCUUCUCAGGUGGAGGAGAAGGAAAGGUCAGCAGCGGACUAAAGCCACAACCCCAGCCAAGGAACCCUUCCAAAACACAGAGGAGCCAUAUGAGAAUAUCAGGAAUGAAGGACAAAACACAGAUCCCAAGCCAAAUCCCAAGGACGACGGCAUCGUCUAUGCCUCCCUUGCCCUCUCCAGCUCCACCUCACCCAGAGUACCUCCCAGCCACCAUCCCCUCAAGAGCCCCCAGAACGAGACUCUGUACUCUGUCUUAAAGGCCUAACCAAUGGACAGCCCUCUCAAGACCGAACGGUGAGGCCAGGCACAGUGGCGCAGGCCUGUAAUCCCAGCUACUUUACUCUGAAGCCUGAGGCAGAACAGAGUAAGCCCAGGAGUUCAGCGCCAGCUUUGAUAAUGGAGCGAGAUGCCAUUGCUAGUUAAAAAUGUGUAUUAACAAUAAAGUAACAAAUUUAAAAAGA